AUGAGUCGGACCAGGCGUCAAAUUAUAAGCACCGUCCUCGGGGCUUUCCUGCUCUUUCUGCUGUACCAUUACUACGCAAACACCAAGAACAAUUCCCCGUCCAAAAUAUCCAUAUCACCAAUAUCCUCAGCACAGGAUGAAUCCACUCAGAAUUCAAAUGAUCAAACCCAACCGCAAUUCCUAUGGAGAGACCUACCGGCGCGAUACCCAGCCGCUGAACUACGGCAAGUGCCUGCCGAACUGCCUCAAGAACUACCGAACCUUCAACCAGCAGGCUCAAAGGCCUCUAAAUUGGCACAACUGAAGCAAAGAUCCCGACAAUUAGCUGUGAAAGAGACAUUUGAACGUUGUUGGAGGUCAUACCAAUCUCUUGCCUGGGCCGCAGACGGGCUUGCACCUCUCAGCGGUCAUCCGACAAAUGAACAGGGAGGCUGGGGCGCAAUGCUGGUGGGAAAUCUCGAUACACUAUGGAUCAUGGGAAUGCAUGAGGAUUUCGAGAAAACCGUGGCCACGGUCGUACAGAUCAAUUUUCAAGCCACGGCUUCACCCGAAAUCAACACUCAUGAUGUCAAUAUACGCCUGCUCGGAGGGUUGCUGUCGGCAUAUGACCUCAGUGCCGAUGUAAGAUUGUUGCAAAAGUGCAUUGAUGUGGGCGAUAUGCUCUACUCUGCGUUCGAUACCCCCAACAGAAUGCCCAUAAUUCACUGGGACCCACACAAGGCUGCUCGACAAGAAGAGCAGCUAGCAGAAGAAAACGUACUCGCUGCGGAAGUGGGCUCUUAUGCACUGGAAUUUAUACGACUGUCGCAAAUCACCGGUGAUUCAAAAUAUUUUGACGCCAUCCAACGAGUCAUGGAACUGUUUGAUCGUCAACAAGAAUCUACCAAGCUUGCAGGCCUGUGGCCUGUUGUCAUAAAUGCCAGAGCAGAGCAGUUUGAUGGUGACGUAUUCACCUUAGGCGCUGAAGCAAACUCCUUAUACAAGGUAUUGCCACGAGCGUACGUGCUGCUCGGUGGCCAGAUUCCAAUGUAUCGCAGGAUUUAUGAAAGGUACACCUUUGCUGCGGCCGGACACAAUCUGUUUCGACCAAUGAAUCCCGAUGAGAAGGAUGUGCUCCUCUCUGGCACUGUUCGUGUUUUCAUGACGCAGAAUGGAAAGGCCCGGACACAUCUAGAGUCGCAAGUACAUUACCAAUCGUGUUUCGCAGGAGGUAUGUUUGCACUGGGAGGAGCGUUGUUUAAGAUUCCAGCCCACAAGAAAAUUGCAAAUAAACUGGUCGAUGGCUGUAUCUGGGCUCACGAAGCCAUGCCCUUGGGGAUUAUGCCCGAAGCCUUCGAUACGGUUCCCUGCGCGUCGCAGACACAUUGCCCAUGGAAUGAGUGGCACUGGAAACAAGAAGCCUGGAAAAAGGCCAAUAGCCUGCAGCCUGAACCAAUGCCAGAUUUGAAUAUCGAUACUUUCUUGAAAGAUCACCGAUUGCCUAAGGGCUUUAUUGGCAUACCUGACGCGACUGCUAAAUUGCGACCGGAUGUUAUUGAGAGCAUGUUUAUUCUCUAUCGCACAACUGAACGCGAAGACCUCCUUGACAAAGCGUGGAUUAUGUUCCAAGCACUGCAAAAUGCCUCACGGACCGAGAAUGGCAAUGCGGCCAUUGUUGAUGUCACAGUUGAGGGUACACAGCCGAUUCUUAGCGAUUCGAUGCACAACUUCUGGACCUCGGAGACCCUCAAAUAUUUCUAUCUUAUGUUUAGCUCCGCUGACAUGAUUAGUUUGGAUGAUUAUGUGUUUAAUGCUGGUGGGCACCCACUCAAACGCCCUCGGGUCUCAUGGCAACGUUCAUAA